GAUCACUCCACACACACCACCCCGUCAUGGCUGCUCCAUGAACACCACCCGCACUCCCUCAGGAUCGAUCACAGCAAAGGCAGCCGCACCGUACACCGAUGUGUCACAUUGCUCGCUACACAAGGGCACGCCGCUGUCCACCAGCCUCCUUUUGACAGCAGCAAGCUCAUCUGCGGGAGCGAAGAAGCCGAUGCCGACGAAGCCUGCCUCAUUGGCCAAGUCGGGAAACGUUAUAGACGCCAUGGACGGGACGUGCUGAAGCUCCAGCUGGGUGUACGGCCUCUUCCUGCAGACACGCCAGCACACCCGCAGAGGAUGGAGGAUGACACUGGCCUGAAGUCUCCCGCCCACUUUCCUCCCUUCCUUGAUCCCUGCCUACCAGAGCCAUUCACGGUUUGCAACGGCAUUUAUGUCACUGUCGGGCGGCGACUCGCUAGUGGUUCCGAGGAAGUGCAGCACGAAGCCGUACUCAUCCACCGGCUGUCUCGAGAGGUACGCCAUACCCAGUACGUCACGAUAGAACCGCAGCGUCUCGUCCAGCUUGGUUACACGAAGAGUGAUCUGCCCCACACCGACUGACUGGCCCAGAGGAUGGUCACCCUUCACAUCGUUGGGCCCGAUUCUCCUGACGUGUUGGUCGAAGUCGUGCUGGAGCAGCUCAAUGGUGUAGCGGGCGGGGUCGGAGAUGUGUGUCAGAUAUCCGAUAUCGAAGAACUGGCUGGCCUUCGACACAGAAACGCCCGCAUUCCGAAGACACUCGGUGGCGAAGUCAACAUCUGCACGGCACACAACGGGGGAGUGUGGAUUCACGACAAUCCAUGCAUCGUCGUUCAUCUCACCUCGCAGUGCAAGCCCUAUCUUCCAAUAUGCGUCGCUUCGCUUGUGCUUGUAUGGCCCAAUGCUCGUCUGACGGCCGAGCUGCAGCUCCAGCCAAGCCGACUGCGGCUGACCCUCGAAGCCCAGAAACACCGACUCGCUCACAUGUGCUGCAGAUGAGGUCCUCUCCGCCAUAAUGGACAUGCCGAUGCGUUGUCGAUAGAAGACAACCACAGCAUCCUUCUCAGCGGCACUGAUGCGGAGGCUGACAAAGCCCAGACGGACUGCCAUGAGAGAUCUGACAGAGAAGUCGAUGUAAUGCUAUCUGCUGAGCCUCAAGAAGCC